CAUGAGGUCGGUGUCUGAAGAGCCAGUGCCAUUACACGAAGAAUUUAUCUACUGUUGUGGAGCUGCUACCCAUGUCCUAAAGUGUGGGCCAUGGAAAGAUCUCUCAAAAGAUGAAAGUAAAAAUCUACCCAGGCUCUUAUUCAUGAUUAUUCCUGGUAACCCUGGACUGGCAGGUUAUUACAGGACCUUUAUACAGGCCUUAUAUUGUGGACUAAAUCAACAGUAUCCCGUUUGGGUUGUGAGCCAUGCUGGACAUUGUAAGCCUCCUAGUGGUAUGGAAAUGAUAGAAGACACAGAUAUUAAGGAGCUAGAGGAUGUUUUUGGACUUAACGGACAAGUAGAGCAUAAGCUGAACUUCCUCAAAAAGAAUGUAUCAAAAGAUAUAAAGCUGGUACUGAUUGCUCAUUCUAUUGGUUGCUACAUCACAUUGGAGAUGAUGAAGCGAGCAUCAGAACUUCAGGUACAUUAACCUUAUAGCAUGGGA